GUAAAAGUGCUGGAAGGAGGAAGGCGGUGUCGCGUCGCCCCAGGCAACAGCGUGAAGGGGCGGGUCUGUCAAGUGGAUGGAAGGAGACGCCUUUACUCCCAACCAGUAGGGACGAAGGGGAGGGGCUGUGGCGUCUCCGCAGCGUUCGGCAGUGGGCGGGGCUCUGUUGCCAAAGUAACCGGAUGAUGGUGUUGGUGGUGCUGUCUUCCUGUCUCAACGUUACCCGUUUCCUUGUACCGAGAUCCUGAAACUAUGAAUCAUAGUGAAAGAUUUGUUUUCAUUGCAGAAUGGUAUGAUCCAAAUGCUUCACUUCUUCGACGUUAUGAACUUUUAUAUUACCCAGGAGAUGGAUCUGUUGAAAUGCAUGAUGUAAAGAAUCAUCGUACCUUUUUAAAGAGGACCAAAUAUGAUAACUUGCACUUGGAAGAUUUAUAUAUAGGCAACAAAGUGAAUGUCUUUUCUCGACAACUGGUGUUGGUUGACUAUGGGGAUCAAUAUACAGCUCGUCAACUGGGCAGUCGGAAAGAAAAAACAUUAGCCCUGAUUAAACCAGAUGCAGUCUCAAAGGCUGGAGAAAUAAUUGACAUAAUAAACAAAGCUGGGUUUACUGUAACCAAACUCAAAAUGAUGAAGAUUUCAAGGAAAGAAGCAAUGGAUUUUCAUGCAGACCACCAAUCAAGGCCCUUCUAUAAUGAGCUAAUCCAGUUUAUUACAAGUGGUCCUGUUAUUGCCAUGGAGAUUUUAAAAGAUGAUGCUAUCUGUGAAUGGAAAAGACUACUUGGACCUGCAAACUCUGGGGUGGCACGCGCAGAUGCUUCUGGAAGCAUUAGAGCCCUCUUUGGAACAGAUGGCAUAAGAAAUGCAGCGCAUGGCCCUGAUUCUUUUGCUUCUGCUGCCAGAGAAAUUGAGUUCUUUUUUCCUUCGAGCGGCGGUUGUGGGCCAGCAAAUACUGCUAAAUUUACCAACUGUACUUGCUGCAUUGUUAAGCCCCAUGCUGUCAGUGAAGGACUAUUAGGGAAGAUCCUGAUGGCUAUCCGAGAUGCAGGUUUUGAAGUCUCAGCUAUGCAGAUGUUCAACAUGGAUCGGGUUAAUGUAGAAGAGUUCUAUGAAGUAUAUAAAGGAGUAGUAUCUGAGUAUAAUGAGAUGGUAACAGAAAUGUAUUCUGGCCCUUGUGUAGCAAUGGAGAUUCAACAGAAUAAUCUUACAAAGACAUUUCGAGAAUUCUGUGGACCUGCUGAUCCUGAAAUUGCCCGGCAUUUACGCCCUGGAACCCUCAGAGCAACCUUUGGUAAAACUAAGAUCCAGAAUGCUGUUCACUGUACAGAUCUGCCAGAGGAUGGCCUAUUAGAGGUUCAGUAUUUCUUCAAGAUCUUGGAUAACUAGCAGUAUAGAAAAGAAUGAAGUCACAGAUUGAGGCAUUCAGACAAGAGUGAAUCACGCACGUGAGGAAUGUGUUCAUUCUUUUAUUGUCCAUUGUUUUAACCUGACUGAAUACAAGAUCAACAAGAGCACUGUACUCCUGGCAAUUAUUACAUAUGUUAGAACAUGGAUUUUGCACUGUAGACAACAUUUAACACCAGUCUAUGGGGUACUGCAUUGCUUCUUAUAAAGUUCAAAAUAAAGAUUUAUUUUCAAACAA